AUGAGUGCCGACAGAGACGAAUCCGAGGUGGUUAGCGAAGUACAAGCUACUGGUAUUAGUGUUGCCGAAGCCAGCGAAGCUAAACCGAGACUGGUGGCGGUGAAGGAGGUGGCGGCGGAACUCCAGGUGGCGUCGGCGCAUCAACCGGACCAAGUCACCACCUCAGCCACGGCGGUGGCCCAGGGCAGCAACCGGGCGUCGACAGUAGUGUCAGCUAAAUUCGUCCAGCUGAUGGUGAUGCUGCUGCAGCAGGCGCUUCUCCGGUUGAUGUCGUACAUGACCCUUCUUACCAUCUACUUUUGGAUUGCGGUGUUCAAAAACAUCCAAGUGGUGCGCCAUCGGGCGGUGCUUAAGGUGUUAUCGCUUACGUACUACCACAAUCGGCUGCCGAGUGUCAUCCGAGAGGACGUGAACAAAUUGACUAAAGUCCCCAAGAAAUUGGCAUGCAUCUUGACCCUUAAAGAUGUCGGCGAUGAGAACGGCGGCGUCGAUGGCCUUGUGGCCGAUAUUCUGGAAUUGGCGGCGUGGCUGAUUCUGGCCGGCAUUUCUCAUUUAACCGUCUACGAAUAUACUGGUGCCAUCAACACCCGGCUGGACUUGAGUCUGCUCAUGCGCCACAUGGACAAGACCUUGGCCAACUACUUUGGCACCGACCACAAGCCCCUGUACCAGAUCCACGUCCCUCAUGCCAACAUCACCACCGGACUGGAAUUGACUAACGGUGACAGAGAUUUACACAUCCACUUAUUGCUGCGCAGCGACGGCAAGCCCACCAUCGUCGAGCUCACCAAGACGAUGAGCGAAUUGGCGCAAAACAACGAGUUGAGCGUCAAGGAUAUUCUGGUCGACCUCAUCAACGAGGAAUUGCUUGAGUUGGUGGGGCCGGAACCGGACUUGCUCAUCAGCUUUGGGCCCACGUUAGACUUCCAGGACUACCCGCCGUGGCAUCUCCGGUUAUCGGAAAUCUACUGGGAGCCCGAUAACAGCCACAUGUCCUACGCGGUGUUUUUGCGUGCUCUCAGAAAGUUUUCUGAUUGCAAGAUGAAUUUGGGCAAGUGA